AGGAAGUAAAGACAAAUUCUGUGCCUUAACAAAAGUAGAGAGGAUUCAGGUUUUGGAUAAAGGGCCCAUAUGACGCUAUUUUCUGAUCUAUGUUGUAAUGUUUCCUUGUCACAGGCAGGCUUGGAGUUGUGUUUUGUUUCAUUCACACAUUUUUAACACACACUCGCUGAGCUGCAGAGGCUGCACUAGCACUGAUUCAUGGUUCAGAGAGGCAUUUUAAGGAUUUCAGCAUUGAAACUGGAACCCAAAUGAGAGACUCGUGUAAGGCUCAUUCUGCUUUCUGACUGGAUAAAUCAUCUACAGAAGAAAAACACUUCAUUUUAACUUCAGCAGAUUGUCCAUCAUGUCCAAUAUUUUUCUAAUUAACAACUGUAAUGCUGAUUUAUUCUUAUCAGUAAAAAUAUCAUUUGAUUUUGUGGUUUUCAGAUUCUAGAAUGUGAUGAUGCCGUACUCCUAGAUGGGUGGGUACUUCGCCAUGAAAAAUCUAUUGUUGUAGUCAACACCUGUCCGAGGCCACAGGGUCCCGAGACCGAGACAAGACCAAGACCUCUGAGGGUUAGGAUCGAGACCGAGACAAGACCAAGACCUCUGAGGGUUAGGAUCGAGACCGAGACAAGACUAAGACCUUUGAGGAACACCACUGAGACAAGACCAAAACCUCUGAGGAUCGAGACUGAGACGAGACCAAGACCUCUGAGAAUCUAGACCAAGACAAGUCCAAGACCAAGACCUCUGAGGGUCAAGACCGAGACGAGGCCAAGACCUCUGAGGGUCGAGACCAAGACAAAACCGAGACAAGACCAAGACGUCUGAGAAUCGAGACCGAGACAAGAACAAGACUCUUAAAGCUCGAGACUGAGACCAAGACAAGACCAAGACCUCUGAGGAUUGAGACUGAGAUGAGACUAAGACCUCUGAGGGUUGGGGCCCAGACAAGACCAAGACAAUAACAAGACCUCUUGAGGACUGAGCCGGAGACAAGUCCAAGACCUCUGAGGAUCGAGACCGAUACAAGACCAAUGAGGGUCAAGACCGAGACAAGACCAAGACUUUUAAAGCUCGAGACUGAGACAAGACCAAAACCAUGGCCCCUUGAGACCAAAUCAAGACCAUCUUUGUUAAUUUGUGUAUUUAUUUAGAUUUUACCCUUAUUUUGGCACAUAUAUACUGUAUCAAUGUUCUCUCCAUUUUACCUGAUUAAUGUUAAUUUAGACUUCGCAAACUGUGCUCCACUUAAACACUCUGCACCCCUUUUUGUACCUCACCCACAGUUUGAGAACCCCUUCUUUAAGCCAACUUCCACUGGGACUUUACAGAAAAACGUGAAAAAAGUUCCAUUGAGGAUAUAAUCAAGAUGGAUCGAUCGUGUGUCAACUGUCUCAAGUCCUUCAUUCUCUUUCUUAACUUCCUGUGUUGGCUCUGUGGUGCGUUCGUGGUGGCCUUCGGAGAGUUCCAGAUGAUGCAUUCAAAGUUCAUGUCUUUAGUCACGUCGUUCUGGCCCAUUUUUCCGGCGAACACUCUGGUGGUGACUGGGACCAUCGUGACCUGUGUGUGCUACCUGGGAAUACUGGGCUCAUUUAAGGAGAAUCGCUGUAUGCUCAUCAGUUUCUUCUUCUUGCUCUUCGUCCUCAUGUUGGUGGAGUUGGCCAUGGCUUGUGUCUUCCUCGUCUACAGCACCAAGAUUAACACUUAUUUUGAAGAUGACCUGAUGAAGAGCCUCGUGAGCUACAGAGACGGCACUCCAGAGGCCACCAAGAAACUCAUCGAUGACUUUGACGCUGUUCAGUCCCUGUUUAAGUGCUGUGGAGUGCAUGGAUCGGCCGACUGGGGAGAUAACGUCCCAAUCUCCUGCUGCACUUCAGACCCAUGUAACGCUGUCAACUUCACCACCUGGGACGAGGGCUGUGUGGUGAAACUGAGGGACUGGUUUGCUCACAACUAUCGCAGUACCGGAGCUGGAGUGGUCACUAUGUUCAUUAUCCAGUUCAUUUCCAUGUGCAUAAGUGUGCCUCUCUUCUGCCACUUCAGUCGACAGGGCCUUGGUUACCAGUGAAAACUAACGCUCUUGUGUAACCUGCAAAUGUUCCGUGUAUGGAUUUGUACGUAACCGUUUCCCUAAUAGCACUUUAUAACUAAUUAAACAUUGUAUAUCAUUAAUAAACCCAUUUAUAAAACCAUUUCUAAUAAUUCAGCAAUGUUGUAGAUAGACGUGUGUCUGUAAUGGUAAGAAAUUGUAAUUAAAUGUUAAAUUGUGUAACUUUUCUGAUAAGAUCUUGGAUUUAUUUAUUUCAGUUACAGGUGGUUUUAUUUUUUAAAGGUCCUAUAUUACACAAAAUUGACUCUUGUGAUCUUUAAGUGAUGUUAUAAUGUUGUUACCUCCUCAAACACAGACCCAGGAGUUGUGUUUUGUUUCGUUCACACCUGUUUGAGUAACUCUUUAUUAUUAGUCUGUUUACAUUUCCAAAGCUCAAAAUGGUCUUUUCCACCUUAUGAUGUCAUGUAGUGGUAGUUUUCAAGUUAUCCGCUUCCUUUUUAGUCCCUUAUGUAAUGGGUGUGUGUCUGUUCAUUAAGAGUUUAAUGUCUUGAUUAGGGAUGGGCAUUCGAUGAAAUUUUCUUAAUCGAUCGUCGGAAGAAUUAACGAUCGAUUAUCGAUUAAUUAAUUCAUUAACGUUUUUAUAUUAAAAUGAUCAUUAUUAUUACUAUCUGCACUACUAAUCUGUAUAAAUAAAUUCAACUUUACGACAUAUAAACCGUAACCACUCUAGAGCCACAUCAGCUCGUUUGACAUUAUAAUGUGUUUAAUUCAGUUUUGCGCAACUCUCACAGAAACAAAACUUAAAACCGCAUCGCUAAUUUGCAUAAACUAAGCGAAGAUAAAACUACAGCUCUUGUGUCGCUGAUGCAGUCAAUUUCUGUCGGAUUAAAAGACAUGACUCAGGUGAAUACAGGUUAGUGUGACCAGAUUUGCGUUUGUCAAAACCAGAACACUGUACGGGGGGAGGGAGGGACUCGUUAUCGACAUUGCACGACUCUCACCUGGCAAAGCUUUUUCCCACUGGACACUGAAAAAUAUGUGCUGCUUUGUACACUGUGCACAUGGACUCACACUUGUCCCGAACGCAACGGAAAGCGGAAACAGAAAUUUCUUGUACAAGUCAUCGUUAAACAAGCAUUUGUGCUUCGGCACGUUGCAGACUGACCCACUGUUUGUGUCUCGCUCCUUCUGAGUGCAGAGAGACACAUGUACAGACCUGUUUGGUCACACUACACACAGCAACCUACAUUCGGUUUGUCGAUUAAAAUUAACGUAAUCAAGGAAAUUCUUAAUGAUCAAUUAUCGAUUAAUCGAUUAAUCAUACCCAUCCCUAGUCUUGAUGCACAUCCAUUAACCCUCAGUUUAUAUCUGCGUUGUGUUUUUGAGUACUGCGCUGGCUGAAGGAAGGACUAUGAGACACUGGUGACCACUGGAUACUCAUUUACUGGUGGUUCUGCACAAAUGAAAGAAAAAUACAAAUCCUUGUUAUAUGUUUCUCCAUGCACGCAGCUCAUCAGUCCCCUGUAAGCAGGAAAACACAUGUAGAAGGCUGAAGCGAGCUCCCAACUACAUGUAUUUACAGUAAACUUGAACAACAGACAUGAACCAGCUCCUACAUGGUCCAAAUUAUACAUGUGGAUUUGUAGAUGAUCAGUAAUUAUGUUUUAUUAUGUUUAUGUUUUUUUACUACAACGUGAAACGAAUAAUGAUAAAACAAUAAAUUACUUUUACUUAUGUUUCCAACUUCUCCGUUCCUUUACUUUUCAUGUUGUAGUUCUUCUUCUUCACUUGCCGCUUGAUCGGUCCGUCAGAAAACAGAGUCCCGUGGUCACUUCCGUUGUGGCUUUUUAAUGUGUUGUGGCUUUUUAAUGUGUUGCGGCAUUUGUGUUUGUGUUGUGGCGUUUGUAUUUGUUGCGGCGUUUGCAUUAAAAUAGAGUCCCGCGGUCAUUUCCGUUGUGGCUUUUUUUGGUUUGUUGUGGCUUUUUGUUGUGUUGUCGCACUUGUAUAUAUUGCGGCGUUUGCGUUUGUUGUGACCCCUCUUGGCUUCCGUACUUCUUGUAUCACCACAUGACAUCACAAGAUUUUCUGUUUGAGAGAAGAACUCUAAACCAUAAAUAUGCAGAGUUUGUGCGUCAACGAUAUGUGAAUAAAACAACACAACUCCAGGUCUGUUUGUGAGGAGAAAACGGCAUUAUUACAGAAAAUAGCAUCAAAAAUACAUUGAAAAACUGUUACUGAGUGGGCUCGCCUCUCCACAGAUUUUACCUGUACCUGGUGGUGUGCCAAUUGCUUUUCUCCAUGGAGAUUGAUAAAUUUAAUUACAUGCUGUGAAACAUUAAGGCAAAGAAAUAACAUUUUAAUGAGACAAACAGGUGAUAGACUUUCU